AUGCCGCACUGCUGCACCAAACUGUCUGUUGUCAUUGUUAUGACCCCUAGUGGCACAAAAGACAUCUGUGAGGACAUCUCAGACCAUGUGGAGCAGAUUCACGCUCUGCUGGAGACGGAGUUCUCCCUGAAGCUUCUGUCCUACUCCGUCAACAUCAUCGUCGACAUCAGGACGGUGCAGCUGCUGUGGCACCAGCUCAGAGUGUCCGUCCUCGUCCUGAAGGAGCGUCUGCUCCAGGGUCUGCAGGACUCCAACGGAAACUACACCCGUCAGACGGACAUCCUGCAGGCCUUCAGCCAGGACCAGCAUCAGACUCGUUUGGAUGCGCUGACGGAGGUGGACGACUGCGGUCAGCUGACCAUUCGCUGCAGCCAGGACUACUUCUCUUUAGACUGUGGUAUCACCGCCUUUGAGCUGAGCGACUACAGUCCGGGUGACGAGCCCGAGACGCAGCGAACAGAACCGGACGACCCGGACGCCUCCCGGGAGCAGGAGCUCGAUCGGGCCCAGAGCCCCCUCCCAGAGCCGGGGUCAGUGGAGAGCGAAGGACCCUGCCCCUCAAACCCAGAACUCUGUCGCAGUUUACCUGAACUCACCACGCCCGCUGACUUAAAGAACCACAACCAUUCUCCGUCAUUAUUACCCAUAAGUCAGAGUGACACGCCCAGCCACGGUGAAGGUGCGAAGCGCCCCCUGCAGGGUGUGAGCCACAGCACUGAGGUGUCACCCACUCAGCCAUCCCUCCCCAAGAGAGCGGCCCUGUACUCCGACAGAAGAACCAGGGGAGAGAACACAGGGGGAGGUUCAGGGAAGGUCAGCCCGCUCUCUGGGCUCCAGUUCCAGGCCGAGCUUAGCCGAAGCACCCCGUCUCUCAUGGAUCCUCCAGAUCGCUCCAAGUUCUGGUUGGAACUGGACUCGGUUUAUCCAGAAAAUGUUUCUCUGUCGUACGAGAGCCUGCAGGUCAUGAACGGGCGCAACCUGCAGAGAAACCAUGUGAGCUCCAGACACGGUGGACGUUUAGAGGGACGCACGCAGAGAGCGCUGACCGGCCAGAGGAGCUCAUCUGUGGCCGGACCGAACCUCAACGCCCCCCUGCCUCCGCUGGAGCCUGUGUCUCAGGAUGAAAUAUCAAACCAAAUGGAAAGGACGCAGAAGGAGACACAUGCGCACAGCGAGGGGGACUCUGACUCCUCGUUACCCUCACCCAUGCGGGAGCAGCUCCUCUCUUCAGACCUGGAGGCAUCUGGAGAGGAGUCGGACCCCCGACCAGCUCCCGGCAAGACGGCGGUCUGGAUCGUGAAGCGCCAGGGGCAGAAGCAGGGGGCGCUGGUUUCAGCCAGAGCCAGUCCAGACCGGGAGCACUGGUACGGGUCGGAAGAGUUUCUGGCUCUCCCCGCUCAGCUCCGAAAGACGGAGAUGCUCACUAUGAAACUGGAAACUCUGGCUCAGUCCAUCCCGCUGAGACCCGGCGACUCCGACCCGGAGGCUCUGCAGGACGUGGACGACUGGGAACUGACGGAGCUCAACACAGACUGGGACACUGGGGACAAUGUGAGCAGCGUGGUUGAGAGCGGGGACGACAAUCCUUCUCCUCUGCCUCCGCUGCUUCCUUACAGACGACACCUGGUCUGCCGCCUUAGCCCCACCUCCUCCAGUGAUAUAGCGCCCUCUGUGGGCGAAAGCAUAGAGUCCGGCCCGUUAAGCGACCUUCAGUCCGAAGACGACGAGGGGCGGGGGUCUGCGGAGGGGCGGCGGUCUGCAGAGCAUCCCCUGCAGCUGCCAGCGUCUUUGGUGGACGGACGUGGAGGCGUGUCCCUGGUGCAAGAGCUGCUGGAGGACAUUCAGAGUCACGACAAAGACCCGGACGUCUGGAGGAAGAUGGAGGUACGGACAGUUUCUGCUCGUCUUCCCCAAAAGUUAAUUUCAUGAAACUAUUUAUUUCUCACACAGUCUUGAUAAG